GCUAAUUCAAUAAGAAUCUGUUGUCUGUCAUUUUUACAAUCACUCACAAAUCCCGAGUUUGAUCUGUAACUGUAGAUAUUUAAGAAAUGGGCUGUACUGUUAGAGAAAAACACAUCCGUACAAAUCGGAGACCAAGGCCAUUGAAAACAGAUCAUCCUGCUGCUGCUGAUGGAAAUGUUAGUAAUAAUUCUGGCUUAAAUUUCCAACUGGGUUUUAAUAAAGAUGGAAACCCUAAUCUUGAUUAUGAUGAUGGUAAUUGGGGUUAUUGUACAGAAGAACAGUUAGAAGAAAUCUUGUUAAAAAAUUUGGAAGUUUUAUAUAAUGAAGCUAUUGUAAAGCUUGUUGCUUUAGGUUAUGAUGAGGAUGUUGCUUUAAAAGCUAUUUUGAGAAAUGGGCAUUGUUAUGGUGGGAUGGAUGUGUUGACUAAUAUAUUGCAUAACUCGUUGGCGUUUUUAAACGGCGGGGGGAACGGUGAUGAGAAUGAGCAUGUUUUUGGAGAUUUAAGGGAGUUGGAAGAGUAUUCGUUGGCGGGUAUGGUUUGUUUGUUGCAACAAAUUAAGCCAAAUAUGAGUAAAGGUGAUGCUAUGUGGUGUUUGCUUAUGAGUGAGUUGCACGUGGGUCGAGCAAGUGUUAUGGAAAUGCCGAAUGUGGGUAAUGGGGAUGGUGUUGGGAGUAGUGAGGGUAGUGUUGUUGUGGGUGGUGGUGGGGUUGUGAAUGGGUUGGAGAAGGUGGGUAAUGAUUCGGUUGGGGUGACCCCGGCUUUGUGUAGGUUUCAUGGUGGAUGGGGGUUUGGAAAUAGUGGGAUGUCGAAUUUUCCAGUGAAUCGGUUUUUAUCGUGUACGACUUCAGAAACUAGUUUGAGGAGGGAGAUUGAGUGUCCUAAAAGGUUUAAUCUUAGUCCUUCAAUGGAAAUGCUUUUGAAACAAAAUGUAGCUAUGUUUGCGGCUGGAUAUAGGGCGAACCCAAAACAUCAAUCUCAGGUUGGGUCAAGUUCUUUGUUGAAUGGGUAUUCGUCGAAUGCAGUUGAGACUAGUGCUGAAAAGGUUGAAGAGGGGCAGAGUGCAAAGAAUCGGGAAGUGGUUAAUAUGAUGUUGAGUAAGUUUCGUGACAUGAAUCUUGAGGGAGAUACAGAAUAUGUACCUGAGGAUCAGAAGGAUGAGAUGAUUUUGAGUUUGGUGCAUCAAAUUAAAGAUCUUGAAAAACAAGUGAAGGAAAGGAAGGAAUGGGCGCAUCAGAAAGCAAUGCAAGCAGCAAGAAAACUCAGUAGCGAUCUCACCGAAUUAAAAAUGUUGAGGAUGGAAAGGGAGGAGAUUCAAAGGCAGAAACAGGUAAAAUCAACCGUUGAAGAUCCGACAAUGAAGAGGCUUUCAGAUAUGGAGACUGCUUUGAGGAAAGCAAGUGGUCAAGUUGAUCGUACAAAUGCAGCAGUUCGACGUCUUGAAACUGAGAAUGCUGAAAUGAGAGCAGAAAUGGAGGCUUCAAAGUUAAGUGCCUCUGAAUCUGUUAAUACUUGUUUGGAAGUUGCAAGGAGGGAAAAGAAGUACCUCAAGAGGCUAUUGGCUUGGGAAAAGCAGAGAGCUAAGUUGCAGGAUGAUAUCGCAGCCGAGAAGCGGAGGAUCCUGGAGUUGCAAGAAGAGAUGAUUCAGGUGGAAGCAGCAAAAAGUGCGGCUGAGGCAAAAUGGAGGCAAGAGCAGAAGGCUAGAGAGAGUGCACUUGCACAAGUUGAUGAAGAAAGACGACUCAAAGAAGCAGCAGAAGCUACUAAUAAAAGAAAGCAUGAAGCUUUGUGGUCCAAAAUAGAAUUAGACUUCCAACGCCACAAAGAUGAUCUUCAAAGACUCGAACAAGAACUUUCACGCCUCAAAAUGUCUACCAAUUUAGAUAACCCGUCAACCAAUCAGUCAAGAGCUGGGCUUCCCAAUGGGUCACACCCAACCAUUGUGAGGCUCCUUAAUGAACUGGAUGAUUUUGAUGAAACAGAAGGUGGAAUUGAUCGUGAAUGUAUCAUUUGUUUGAAAGAUGAAGUUUCUGUUGUCUUUUUGCCUUGUGCACAUCAAGUUCUUUGUGCUAAUUGCAAUGAUGAGUAUGGAAAUGGGACCAAGGGGAAGGCAACAUGUCCGAUUUGCCGUGUGGCCAUUGAACAGAGGAUUCGUGUCUUUGGUGCAAACUCAUAACUUGGAAAACAGGUCAAAAGACCGAGCAAAAUAUUCAGAUUGCUCAUACUCUUCAAGGAAGAAGGAUCGCCAGAGACAUCAUUUGUAUGACUAAUAUCUACAUCAAAAGAGGCUCAGAUAGAAUUGUAUUUGUAAAAAAAAUAAAUAAAAAGUUCAUAUCACUAUCAUUUUACAUUCCAAAGAUUGCGAUUCACCCGCUUGAUGCCUUGUUAAUGUGAAACUUUUGGAUGUUAUCACACAUUCACACUUAAUGACCUAGUUUGUGUUGGAUCUUCCUUAGAAAAA